CUAGUUCAACAUCUACAACAGAUCUAUUGACUACGUCUACAGCACCACCAACAACUAGUUCAACAUCUACAACAGAUCUAUUGACUAAGUCUACAGCACCACCAAUAACUACUUCAAUAGAUUUUAAUACUACCACUGAGAGCGUUGACCAGGAUGGAGGCGUGGUAAGGCCUCCAUCCUCGCUACAAGGCCUCGACGACAGGACACUCAUAGAGGAACGAUAUGGGCGGAGAUCAACUGGCCGAGAUGAUGUAGUCAGGCGACUAGCAAAAUAUGCAAAGUGGUUUGAAAACAUGAACAAUGAAGCUGGAAUUGUGGACGAAUUGACACUGUUGGAAACUGAGACGUCAGUUGCCGAAAGUGAUACUACGACAAGUGGAACUAUGACGUCAGAUAUGACAAAUGAUGCUGUGAUAUCAAGCACGACAAAUGAAUCUGUCGCAACAACCAUAGCAAGUGAGACUGACAUAUCAAGCACGACAGAUGACUCUAUCGCAACAAGCGUGGCAGGUGGGACUAACACAUCAAGUAUGACAGAAUCUUCAGUGUCAUCAACAUCAGACAAGUCUGUCUUGCCGUGGUGGGAUCGAGUGAAGCACCACCUGACUAGCAUCGAUGAAGUGACAGGAGAGAUAAUGAGUGGAGCAGUGGACACCGAGCACGCCUACCACCUGGAUCAGGAGGCUACGGCUCUAGACGCUCUGGUGAAGGAAGGUAACGACGAUCACAGUCAAGUGCUACACCUCACUAACGAGGACCUGGACUUCAUUCACACUGUGAACGAUAACGUCAAGAACGUAACAAAGUACAUCGACGACCAGGUGACGAUAGCUAAGGCGGACGAGACGGAGUUGAUAGUGAGUCUUACAUGUCUGAGUGUGUUGUUCGUGGUGGUGCUGGUGUCCCUGGUGGUGUCCCUGGUCAGACCAGCCUCUCCCUCCUGUGGUCUUCCUAAGACUCGAUACCAGACCAAGAGUGGUGAGCAAGGCGAGUCAAUGGCCGAGCCUCAGGACUUCCCUAAUGCUUUAUAUGUGCAGCAUAGUCAGCUCUACUCAGACCCAUACAGAAACCAAACAACUGUGGUCUAGUUCAGACUUAUACAGAGACCAAACAACUGUGGUCUAAGGCUAGCUGAGACCCAUACAGAGACCAAAUCGUGGUAAGGAAACUCGCACCCAUACAGACCAAACAAAGUUGGUCCGGUAAACAAUGCCGUUAUCACUGAAACUCAUUAAUUCAUCGCUUGAAAAUAAAUCGCAUUUGUUUACGAAUACCAUUUGCUCUAAACCCGUAUGGGUAAUGCAGCUUAGAGAGCUAACACCCAAACCUCGUGUAAUAAUGUCA